AUGUCAUCAAACCCUGUGACCGGGGAAGAAGUGGAGGCAUUCUUGACCAAACUCAAAGCCGCCGAUGCCGAAAAGAAAGUGGAUCAGCUUCAAUUAUUCUCCCUUAGGAUCGAUGGCGCAGAGCAGCUACCUGAUACAACUAUCGACCCCAUUACACUCCUAGUCGCACCUUUAUUAAAAUCAUCAGCACAUCUACUCGUAGCUGCCGUCCUCACCUCCUUCCUUCCCGUAUUCCUUCCUCUCAUCCCUGAUGACCCCCCUGCAAACCACCUCCGUCUAGCAUUACAUCAGUUUCUCCCUUUGCUCCUGGAGAAACUUAAUGAUCAGAAAGAACGAGUCCACAGUGCGGCGGCGUCCGCUCUGACCAUACUGGGAAAGAAAUGCUAUGAAUCUGAACCGCCUAGCCUAGGUGCAUCGACCACUAAGGGAAAAAGUAGAGAGGGUCUGGUGGAGUUAUGGGAACGUGGGAUGAAAGAUGUAUUAGGGAAUAAAGGUUGGAGGGGUAAAGUAGAAGGGAUGAAGGCUAUUCUGGAGAUGAGGAGAGACAUGGGUAGUAAACUACCGCUGAAACCUUGGCUGGCCCCAUUAGUGGGACUGUUAGAAGAUUCAGAUGGGAAUGUAAGGGAUCAAGCUAGAGAAACCGUGGUCGCUUUGCUGUCACCAGCCAAUACUCCAGCCGCCGCAAGAGCCGAAUUGAAAAAAUUGAUGCAAGCGCGAAACGUUCGUAAGACCAUUGCGGAUGGAAUCAUCAGUCGGAUCUUCUCUAACGGAGCCGCGGUAGCAAUCAUAGCCGCGGAUAUACCUCUUCCUGCUGACGACGCGCCUGUUUCGACUUUGGGUACAAGAUCAGGGGCUGUCACUCCUGCUCAUGAUGAGGUUGAAGUGGUAUAUGUGAAUACAGCGAAGGAGUUGGAACAGGAGUUCUCAGAGAUGAUUCCUCACUUUGCGGGCAAAGAGACAGAGCAUAAUUGGCUACCGAGGGAGAAAGCCAUUAUACGGAUACGGGGAAUUCUCCGAACCACCGUAGCUCAACAAUCUUGUGCCGUAGUGACCGAACUGGCGGAAACUCUCGGUCCAGCUUUCGAUCAUUUUGUCGAACUCAUUCUACCUGUGCUCGGGAAAAUGGCCGGCUUCACGAAGAAGAUUAUUGCGGAAAGAUCGCAACGUUCAGUCAGCGCUAUAAUCGAACAUACCACUGUUCAUCCGCGUAUCUUCAUUUCCCACAUCUCUUCAGGAGUCAGUGGUAAAAACAUUCAAGCUCGACAUGCCUGUACUGGCCAUCUAAAGACCUUUCUCGAUGUUCAUGGAAUCAGGUCUAAGCAUUCUAUCGAGACCACCUCUGGACUAUUGGACAUGAUCGAUACCACUGUCAGAACGUCCCUGGUUGAUGUCAAUCCUCAAGUCCGAGAUCUUGCACGAUUGGCAUUCUGGAGCUAUCAUGCCGUCUGGCCACAAAAGGCAAAUGUCAUUAUGACUUCCAUGGAUAAUAUAGCUCGGAAACAAUUGGAAAAAGCCAGAACGGGAGAAACCAACGGAGUGGCUUUGACUACCAGACCUCCCGCUCCUGCAAAACGUGCGUCGUCAGCUAUUAGCGCUGUAUUGGCGGAGAAGAAAAGAGCGAGAGCGGCGGAAUUGGCAGCUGGUAAAAGUACCGGAUCUCCAAGGAUCGUCUCCUCCCCUGUUCCUGCUUCACCCGUACCAUCUUUGCCCUCCGGCACCCCAAGAUCUACCUCUUCAACUUUCAUCUCUUCCAAGAAACCCGGACCAUUCCCACGAACGGUCUCUUCUCCCGGUUCCUCGUCUGAAGGUUCACCCCGUCCACGAAGAACGUCAACGAGACCUGUCGAGAAUGGCAUUGGUUCUGAAGUCAAGAAAAGGACGUCAAGUCUGAGUAGACCAUUAUCUUCCAAUCCAUCUUCUAGAGAAUCAUCUACAAGUAGACAAUCUCCAUUAAGACAAUUCAAUACAUAUCCUAAUAAUUCACAUACACCCACUUCACAGUCAAGCAGUGCAGCAUCCACACAAGUUGUUCGAACUCCUACUCUUAAUCGGAAACAUUUGCCUUCAUUCUCCGGUCACUCGACACCUUCUGAUAACAUCGAGACAGGUGUCGGCUUGGGUCUGGUGAACUCAUCGGAGAUACAUCCUGAGCACAGAAAACGGAUUGCAGAAACUGAAGCGGCGACACAACGAUUAGAAGCUUAUUCCGUGUCACACCCAGGUACAACCCCAUUCACCCCCAAAGUCCAUCAUGGUGGGUCGUUGCAGACGCCAAUAAAUGGUAUGAUGAGGAACCAUGCAUGGGUCGACUCACCCAGGUCGGAUCUGAUGACUCCGAUGAUAUUGGACAAACUUAAGGAGAGGAAACAUGAGAGGAGUUGGUGGUUGAAACGACAGCAAUUACUGGACAAGGCUAGCCCUCUCAAAUCUACCACCAACACCCCUUCGUCUGCAAUAACAGAAGACGUCAUAUCUUUAGAGAAAGGUAAUCCCGAGAUACGCAAUCUUCAAAAGCUCGCCUUGUUCUCUUCUUCUCAUCCAAUCUCUCAAUCUACUAUGGAAAGUGAAGACGAGUUCGAGUCGGAUAAAAGUAUUUGGAACGAGGGACGAUUAUUCGAACGUGUCUUCGAUGGUCUCGUGGCUUACUUGGAACCGACAAAGCCAUUUGAUCUGCUAGAACAAGCGUUAGUUGUCUUAUGGGAAAUGGUACAACAUCAAUGGGACAUGUUCGAAGACCACGAGACAACACUUUGUGAUGCUCUUUUCCGUCUACGAGCUUGCAAAAGUUCAAUCAUACUCGAAUCUACCAAUUCUCUCAUAUCAUUUUUGACAGAAGUAUCAGAUCCUCUAUUCCUCCUUUCUGUCCUAUCAGCGUCUUUAGAUCGGUAUCUCGUCCGCCACCCCCCGGAGGAGAUGGAAAGGAUCAUGGAAAAAUUAGAUAUUAGUACUUCUUCCACGAUCAACGGGGCGGAAACAGGACAAAAGGUUCUCAGGGGUGAGAAAGCUAGAGCUUCGGGUUAUUCGUUUGGAUUGAACGCGAUGGGAAUGUGUGUGUUGAGAUUACCUAAGGAGGUUGUGAGGAUUGAAGGGAAGAAUUUAGCGGGAAUCAUAAUGACUGCAUUAUCAUCACCGACAAUCACCACACGUCAAGCUGCCAACACACUCAUCCUCGCCCUUCAAUGUGUAUUACAAGAUGCACAAGAAACACUUGGACUUUUACCCGAACUGAACGCAGGACAGAAAGACCUAGCCAUGUAUCUGAUGGAUAAAAACGGACUUUUGGUUGAUCUUUUACCUGGGGAAAGUGGAGGAAGAGAAGGGGUGAUGGGUGAAAUGACAGAAUUAAUGGCUCGUAGUGCCAGGGGGUGAUCCUUGGAUUUACCCAAUACCUGUAUCGUCGUUGAUAUCUCUUACUUGUGCAUCUGACUUUCUUGUCGG